AAAGUGGAGCUCGGGGCAGGACCACGGGAGGAGGACUUUUCAAUGGACAGGAGUUAUGAAUAGUUUGGCAAAGACACGGGGGUGUGGGGGGGAACUAAGAAAAAGAGGCACAACCACCGUGGACACUCCUCUGCUCGUGAUGUGGAACAUUUCACGUUUGUUUUAAGAACCCUUUGCGGAGAAGGUGUUGUUUUUGCACUUUCGGAUUUUCUCUCUCUCUCUCCUCAGAGUAAUUUCCUGUUGGUGCCUGUUGGGAAAACAGGGGAGCGGAAAGUUUCCUCGCUCGCGUUUGGUCCGGCACUAUUUCCAUCGCACUUGGACACUUAAAUACGUGUUUUUAUUGAGGAACAAAAAAAACAACGAAAUGCUGGUUCGCGUCGACCUGAGUGUGAAUGCGGAGAAGCUGGGAUGACCGACGUCGCCGCCGCCGCCGCCUCCCGGGGAAAAGACAACACUCGGCCCGGGACCCUCGCUAUGGCCAACAAAGAAACCCCCUCAGCGACCGGGCAAGUUCUUCAGUAAGCCCCCCCAUUAGCAUUCAGAAUACUACUAAUAAUUGAGGAUUGGCGGAGUUGGGGGGGGGGGGGGGAAACGGAGACCGCGGCGCCACGGGAAGGGGAUUCUGAAUGAAUCGCCUGGCGAACAAAGGAGCGGAACCUCCGUCGGACCGAGCAGCGCCGAGCGAGGCGAGCAAUGGAGGAGGACGGCUCCGUGGAGCCGAGCAAGACGCUGACCAGGGCGUCCCUGUGGUGACGGAGCCACGCGCCGUCGGCCCCGCUCACCACCAGAAGGUUUUCGUUCACCCCGACCUUUCACCGAUGCUGCAGGGCUUCCUCCCCUAGUCGCGCGCGUGUGCGUGCGUGUGUGUGUGCGCGCGCAAGAGAGAGAAAGAAAGAAAAUGAGGCUGGAUCUGUGGCGGUUGUUUGUGAUCGUGCUGCUGGGUGGCGGCGGCCGAGGCUCGGCGCUUUCGUCUGACUGCAAGUCAUACGACGAGCGGCCGAAGGGCGCCGGCAAGGGCCCGAGCGCCGACAGGAAGGUGGUGUGCAGCAACAUGGAGCUGCAUCAGGUGUUGCCUCCGGACUCCUUCCCCAACAGGACCGUCACACUAAUUUUGAACAACAAUAAGAUUCAAGAACUCAGAAAUGGAUCCUUCUUUGGAUUGUCUACAUUGGAGAAAUUAGAUCUGCGGAGUAACAUCAUCAGUCGUGUCGAACCAGGCGCUUUUCUUGGAUUGCCAGCACUAAAAAAACUAGACUUGUCCAACAACAGCAUCGGCUGCUUGAACGUAGAUAUCUUCAAGGGCCUCACCAGUCUGAUCAGACUAAAUCUUUCUGGGAACAUGUUCUCUUCUCUGGCUCAGGGGACCUUUGACAGCUUGGCGUCUCUGAAGUCACUGGAGUUUCAGACACCUUACCUGCUGUGUGACUGCAACCUUCUGUGGCUGCUGCGUUGGAUCAAAGACAGGAGCAUUGUCGUCAAGAACACCAAGUGCUCGUACCCCCAGUCUCUUCAGGGACAGCUGAUUACCUCCAUCAGGCCGGAGCUCCUUACCUGCGAUGCUCCGCUGGAGCUGCCCUCCUUCCAGCUGACACCGUCCCAGCGCCAGGUGGUUUUCCAGGGCGACAGCCUGCCAUUCCAGUGUCAGGCCUCCUUCGUGGCCGAGGACAUGCAGGUGCUGUGGUACCAGAACGGCCGCAUGGUCAAGCCCGACGCUGCCCAGGGCAUCUUCAUCGAAAAGCGCAUGGUGCAGAACUGCUCCUUGAUUGCGAGCGCAUUGACCAUCUCAAACAUCCACCCUGGCUUUACUGGGAACUGGGAGUGCCGGAUCCGGACAAGCAGGGGCAACACAACCAGGACGGUCCAUAUUGUGGUGCUGGAGAGUUCUGCCAAGUACUGCGCUCCUGAACGUGUCUCCAAUAACAAGGGAGAGUUCAGGUGGCCGCGCACACUGGCGGGGAUCAGAGCCUACCUUCCCUGCAACCGACUGCCAUCAAGCGCAGGCACCUACUCGGGCAGCCCAGGUGAAGAACAGCGGGCAUGGCGCUACUGUGAUCGAGAGGGGCUGUGGGCGGAGGAGGACUACUCCCGCUGCCAGUUCCAGAAAGAUGUCACUAGAUUUCUCUAUGUCAUCAACCAGAUGCCUCUGAACGAGAGCAAUGUGGUUCCCAGGGCGCGGCGUCUGUUGGUCUACACAAUCGAUGCCGCCAACUUCUCCGACAAGAUGGACAUUAUUUUUGUGGCUGAGAUGAUUGAGAAGUUUGGCAAGUUUGUUGAGAAGCUUAAAGAUCUAGGUGAGGUGAUGGUGAGCAUGGCCAGUAACUUGAUGCUGGCCGAUGAGAGGGUGCUGUGGACGGCUCAGCGCGAGGCCAUGGCCUGCACCCGCAUCACCGCCUGCCUGCAGAAGAUUGCCACCCACCGUCUGGCUACAGCACAGGCCUUCUCCCUGACAUCCCCCAACAUAGCACUGGAGGCCCACACCGUCAGGGCCAACGACUGGAACGGCAUGACCUGCAUGUUGUUCCAGAGGCCUGGCUCCGAGCGGACACCCAACCAGGACCGCCAGCUCUCCUUCAAAUGUAACACCACCAGCUCCUUCUCCAGCAUCCUUCACAAGAGCACGAUUGUGGAGGCGUCCGUGCAGCUUCCGCAGUCUCUCUUUACCCUGGCUGCUCCCCCUGGGCAGGCAGAGGACACCGUCUACAAGCUCCAACUGCUGGCUUUCCGCAAUGGCAAGUUCUUUCCCUCCACUGGCAACUCCUCCCAAUUGGAUUAUGGAGGGAAGAGGAGGAGUGUGGCUACUCCUGUCAUCAUGGCCAAAAUAGACGGCAUGUCCCUACAUGUCCUUCGGACCCCCGUGAACAUCACCCUGCGGCGGUUUGCCCGCGGCUCAGAUCCCGUGUCCGCCUGUUGGAACCGCAGCAUGGUGGGAGGACAGGGAGGAUGGCAGAGCGACGGCUGCCGCAUCCUGGGCCAUCACGACAACUUCACCACCAUAUCCUGCAACUCCCUCGGCAACUAUGGCCUGCUCAUGGACCUUAGCAGUGUGGAGUAUUUCACUCCAGGUAUCCAGCCCCUGCACCCGGUCAUCUACGCCACUACUAUCAUACUCCUCGUCUGUCUGCUCACCAUUAUUGUUAGUUACAUCUAUCAUCACAGGUCUGUCCGUGUGAGCCGCAAGUUUUGGCACAUGUUGGUCAACCUCUGCUUCCACAUCUCCCUCACCUGCGGGGUCUUUGUGGGCGGCGUCAAUCAGACGCGCUACGCCAGCGUCUGCCAAGCCGUGGGCAUCUUGCUGCACUAUUCCACUCUGGCCACAGCCCUGUGGGUCGGCGUGACCGCACGCAACAUCUACAAGCAGGUGACACGCAAGGCCAAGCGCUACGAGGAGCUGGAUGAGCCUCCGCCACCGCCGCGGCCAAUGCUGAGGUUCUACUUAAUCGGUGGAGGGAUACCCAUCAUUGUCUGUGGGAUCACCGCAGCAGCCAACAUCAAAAACUACGGAAGCCGGACCAACGCACCAUAUUGCUGGAUGGCAUGGGAGCCAAGCAUUGGGGCCUUUUAUGGCCCAGUAGGAUUCAUCAUUUUCGUGGACUGCAUGUACUUCCUCAGCAUCCUGCUCCAGUUGCGGCGCCACCCCGAGCGCCGUUACGAGCUCAAGGAGCCGACCGAGGAGCAGCAGCAUCUGGCUUCGGCCAGCACCGAGGCCGGGUCCGAUGGUCCCAGCAGCCACUGCCAUCCCCUCACUCUCCAGCUUCACCCUCACGAGGGGUCGUCCUCCGUCAUGUCCGCUCCCCACAGCGUGCCGCUGUCGGCCCUGGAGAAUGAGCACACCUUCUCUUCCCAGCUGAUGGGUGCGGCUGGGGCGUUAGGGCUGUAUGCAGCCCUCUGGGUGUUCGGUGCCAUGGCCGUGUCAAAGGAACACCCCUAUGACUUGGCUUUUACCUGCUUGUUUGGGGUGGCUGCACUGGCACUCGGGGCAUUCAUGGUUGCACAUCACUGUGUGAACAGACAGGAUAUGCGGCGCUACUGGUCCCAGGCUUGCUGCUCUGGGAGGCGAGCCUACUCUGCGCAGGAGGACGUCCUUCUGUCUCAGCCAGACGUGGCUAUGACAUCCACAGCAGGGUCUGCUAAUAAGGCAGAUGGGGAGUCAACAAAGUGUGGCCACAGCAGUGCAGACUCAUCCUACACAAACAAGAGUGCCCCAAGCGUACGGAACUCCACCCAUGGCAGCAAGCUGACCAAUCUGCAUGCAGAGGCAGCUCAGUGCAAGUCCACCUCGGUACCGGUGAUGGCCAACGGCACGGCCAUUUUGGACAACAGCCUGACUGAGCAUUCAGUAGACAAUGAAAUCAAAAUGCACGUAGCACCGGUCGAGGUGCAGUUCCACCCAGUGAACAACAUCAACAACCCAACAGCUGCCACGAAUGGACACACGAGCAGGCAUCACAAAAACCGAGCACGGGCACACAGAGCGAGUCGUCUGACCGUGUUGCGGGAGUACGCCUACGACGUGCCCACCAGCGUGGAGGGCAGCGUGCAGAGCGCCUCCCACAAGCGGCACCAUUACUAUGACGUAGCGGCACGCAAUAGCCGCCGGGCGGCCUACAUGGCCUACAGGGAGCGGCAUCAAAGUCAGCUGCAACAGGACAGCAGUGACAGCGCGAGCUUGCCACGGCGCUCCCGCUACUCUGAUAAAGAAGGUGGUAGCCCCCUGGGGAACGGGACAGUGGUGACCGUAGAGACGGAGCAGGUCGCUGUUGUUGCAGCGUCAAGCUCAAGUAAAGACGCUGGUCCUGUGAAGCAGCCCAGCAGUACAGAACUAGAAAGCCAACCCAAGUCAUAUGGACUCAACCUCGUCACACAGAAUGGCGGCACACUUAAAGAAAACGGUCACGCGGUGCCUUUAAUUAACACAGAGAGUGCCGCCGGUGUAAAGACCGGCCUGUGGAAACAUGAAACUACUGUGUAGCGACGGUUUCCGUCCCAAAGACUGCAUCGUGAUAUGCUAUCGUCUUUAAACUGUGAAAUGCCUUUUUUGUUGUCGUCGUUGUUUUUCGAUUGUACUUUUCUUUUUUGGAAAGAGUCCUUUCAGAUUAAUUAUUGGAAAGAUAACUAGCCACACUUUUUCUCACUGAACUGUCUUUGUAGAUAUGUUUCUGUAAAUGGUCUAUUUUUGUAACUUUUUAUCAAACUCCUGUAUUCCUUUUGAGAGUUCUGUAAAUGAAACUGCAUGGUCUGAGCUGUGGCCCUGUGCAUAACCUUACCUUACCUUACCUUGGGGCUUGAUUAUUUUGUUUCUUCCCAUUUCCUAGUUUGUCCCAACAAUAAUAAAACAAAAAAGUUCCCAAUUGAAA